AGCAAAUGUCAUCAGGGCGGCGGGGUUUCCCCGGGAAAGUCCAGCACUUCCCACCCGGCACAGCGCCCUGCCUUGUGUGCCCAGAGAGAGGUGGGGAGGACAAGCGAGUGGCCUCUGGAGACAAACUGCCCUCAACCCCGCAGGAGCGCCUGGGGGCGCACGGCAGGCGCGCUAGAGCCCCGAGUUCCGGGCAGCCCGGAGCGCACCGGCCGCGGGCGGGGCUGCUGGCGACCGCCGCGCCCCUGCGCCGUCGUCCUGGGGCGGGGCCUCGUCCCCAGCUGUGGUCGCCUCGGAAGCGGCGGGGGCCGAGCCAGAGGCGCCCAGAUGCUGCCGUGGUGGAGGCAGGCCGCGGUGGCUGCGGGAGUCACCGUGAGCUGAGGGUCCGGAAGGCGCGCAACAGGCUGUGCCCGCGUCCCGCACUCAGCGCGGAGCAGGUGUUCGGAUGAGAAAACAGUUUCUCGGCUGGCAUACUCGCUCCAAUACCUACUGGACUAUUUAUAGAAUUAUCAGCCCCAGUUAUUGAUUUUUUAAGGCACAAUGAAGGAUCGGCUAGCAGAACUUCUGGAGCUGUCCAAACAGUAUGACCAGCAGUUCCCAGAAGGAGGUGAUGAACUUAACGGAACUGAGAACAUCGUGUUCGAGACGGACCACCUGCUGGAGUCCUUGUACCAAGACAUCCAAGAUAUUCAAGAGGAGAACCAGCUGCUGAUGGCCGACGUGCGGCGGCUGGGCAAGCAGAACGCCCGCUUCCUCACGUCCAUGCGGCGCCUCAGCAGCAUCAAGCGCGACACCAACUCCAUCGCCAAGGCCAUCAAGGCCCGGGGCGAGGGUAUCCACCGCAAGCUGCGCGUCAUGAAGGAGCUGAGCGAGUCUGCGGAGGCCCAACAUGGCACGCAUUCGGCCGUUGCGCGCAUCUCGAGCGCGCAGUAUGGCGCCCUGGCGCGCGCCUUCCAGCAGGCCAUGCAGGAGUAUAACCAGGCCGAGAUGAAGCAGCGCGACAACUGCAAGAUCCGCAUCCAGCGGCAGCUGGAGAUCAUGGGCAAAGAGGUUUCGGCCGACCAGGUCGAGGACAUGUUCGAGCAGGGCAAGUGGGACGUGUUCUCCGAGAACCUGCUGGCCGACGUGAAGGGCGCACGGGCAGCGCUCAACGAGAUCGAGAGCCGCCACCGCGAGCUGCUGCGGCUGGAAAGCCGCAUACGCGAUGUGCAGGAGCUCUUCCUGCAGAUGGCGGUGCUGGUGGAGAAGCAGGCGGACACUCUGAACGUCAUCGAGCUCAACGUGCAGCAGACCCUCGAUUACACCGGACAGGCCAAGGCGCAGGUGCGCAAGGCCGUGCAGUACAAGAAGAGGAACCCUUGCCGGACCAUCUGCUGCUUCUGCUGCCCAUGCCUCAACUAGGGGCCGAUCCGUGCCCGACCCGCACCCUGCAGCGCCUUCUGCACCAGACGAGAGGUUCCCCGAAUCCCGUGGAACCUGCUCUUUAGAGCAAUAGACGAGGUAAAAGGAUUGCACACCUGUCAUGCUUGGAGAGACAGCUGGUCUUGGACGGCUGUUGAGCAAGGUUCCCACAGGACGCACUGCAAUAUUCUCCCGAGUGAAGUCUAAUGUAGACAUGAUGUGGGAUCCGACCAGUCUGUGCCACAGCCUGUCCCCCAAGAACUCCAGCAAGUCACUGUUGCAUUCCUAAGUGGAACGAAUUCAUGGUGAAAACUUACAUUGUGCAUCCUGUCGUCAGUUUUUGGUUUCAUUCUGUUUUGAGUGAAAUUGAUCUGGGAUAAAAACUGUGUCCUCCAUUUCUCUGAUUUAUGCAGAUUUUCAUCUAGAUGUCAAGUUUUCUGCGCACCUUGUCUGCGUACUGACAGCACGUUGGACACGCACUGUCUCCUUUCUCUCCCUUUAAUGUCUUCAACCAGAAUGUAUUUCGGAAUUAUUUUUCCAAAUAUUUUAAAGCACUGAUUGUGAAACAAGCAUUCAAAUUAAAGUUUGUAUCUAUCAUAUUGUAUGUAUUUUUCACAGGUGAGAAUUAUUUAAAGUUAACCUUUUUAGUUGACUACAUAUGUAUUUGUAAAUGCAAAAUACUAAUCUCCACUGAAGUGUGCACAGCUUCAAAACUGG